CCGCCCUCCCUCAGGUGUGCCCCUCCUGCGGGCGCGCGGCUCUUAGUGACGCGGUUUCGCGCACGUAGCUACCCAGAGCGUCCAAGGCCAUGUGCUCCAUAGAAGCGAUCCCGGGCAGGACGCCGCAGGGCCCGGAGCCCGGGGCAGCCUCGGCUAGCUUUCCCAGCCUGUCCCCAGUGCCGGGCCGCGGGGAAGUUGAGGAGGAGGACGACGACGAGCAGGAGCCAGCGGAGAUCUAUCUGUGUGCGCUGUGGACUUCAGGAUACUUGGGCAUCGCCUACUAUGACACUAGUGACUCUACCAUCCACUUCAUGCCAGAUGCCCCAGACCAUGAGAAUCUCAAGCUUCUCCAGAGAGUGUUGGAUGAAAUCAAUCCCCGGUCUGUUGUUACAAGUGCCAAACAGGAUGAAAAUAUGACUCAGUUUCUAAGGAAGCUUGCCUCCCAGGAGCACGGAGAGCCUAAGAGACCUGAAAUCAUAUUUUUGCCAAGUGUGGAUUUUGGUCUGGAGAUAAGCAAACGUCGCCUCCUUGCUGGAAACUACUCCUUCAUCCCAGACUCCAUGACUACCACUGAGAAAAUCCUUUUCCUCUCCUCUAUUAUUCCCUUUGACUGCGUCCUCACGGUUCGAGCACUUGGAGGGCUGCUCAAGUUCCUGGGUCGAAGAAGAAUUGGGGUUGAACUGGAAGAUUAUAAUGUCAGCGUCCCCAUCCUGGGCUUUAAGAAAUUUGUGUUGACCCAUCUGGUGAGCAUAGAUCAAGACACUUACAGUGUUCUGCAGAUAUUUAAGAGUGAGUCUCACCCCUCGGUGUACAAAGUGGCCAGUGGACUGAAAGAGGGGCUCAGCCUCUUUGGAAUCCUCAAUAGAUGCCACUGUAAGUGGGGAGAGAAGCUGCUCAGGCUGUGGUUCACACGUCCGACUCAGGACCUGGGAGAGCUGAAUUCCCGGUUGGAUGUCAUUCAGUUUUUCUUACUACCCCAGAAUCUGGACAUGGCUCAAAUGCUGCAUCGGUUGCUGGGUCAUAUCAAGAAUGUGCCUCUGAUUCUGAAACGCAUGAAGCUGUCCCACACCAAGGUCAGCGACUGGCAGGUUCUGUACAAGACUGUGUAUAGUGCCUUGGGCCUGAGGGAUGCCUGCCGCUCCCUGCCCCAGUCCAUCCAGCUCUUUCAGGACAUUGCCCAAGAGUUCUCUGAUGACCUGCACCAUAUUGCCAGCCUCAUUGGGAAAGUGGUGGAUUUUGAGGGCAGUCUUGCUGAAAAUCGCUUCACAGUCCUCCCCAACAUAGAUCCCGAAAUUGAUGAGAAAAAACGAAGGCUGAUGGGACUUCCCAGUUUCCUCACUGAGGUUGCCCGAAAGGAGCUAGAGAAUCUGGACUCCCGUAUUCCUUCAUGCAGUGUCAUCUACAUCCCUCUGAUUGGUUUCCUUCUUUGUAUUCCCCGCCUGCCUUUCAUGGUAGAGGCCAGUGACUUUGAGAUUGAAGGACUGGACUUCAUGUUUCUGUCAGAGGAGAAGCUGCACUAUCGUAGUGCUCGAACCAAGGAGCUGGACGCAUUGCUGGGGGACCUGCACUGUGACAUCCGGGACCAGGAGACUCUGUUGAUGUACCAGCUGCAGUGUCAGGUGCUGGCGCGGGCAGCCGUCUUGACCCGUGUGUUGGACCUUGCCUCCCGCCUGGAUGUCCUGCUGGCUCUUGCCAGUGCUGCCCGGGACUAUGGCUACUCAAGGCCCCGUUAUUCCCCCCAACUUCUUGGGGUCCGAAUCCAGAACGGCAGACAUCCUCUGAUGGAACUCUGUGCUCGAACCUUCGUGCCCAACUCUGCAGAAUGUGGCGGGGACAAAGGGAGGAUCAAAGUCAUCACUGGACCCAACUCCUCAGGGAAGAGCAUAUACCUCAAACAGGUAGGCUUGAUCACAUUCAUGGCCCUGGUGGGCAGCUUUGUGCCAGCAGAGGAAGCCGAAAUUGGGACAGUCGAUGCCAUCUUCACCCGAAUUCAUAGCUGUGAAUCCAUCUCCUUGGGCCUCUCUACCUUCAUGAUCGACCUUAACCAGCAGGUGGCGAAAGCAGUGAACAAUGCCACCAAGCAGUCUUUGGUCCUCGUGGAUGAAUUUGGAAAGGGAACCAACACGGUGGACGGGCUUGCGCUUCUAGCUGCUGUGCUACGACACUGGCUGGCACUUGGACCCAUGUGCCCUCACAUCUUUGUGGCCACCAACUUUCUGAGCCUUGUUCAGCUACAGCUGCUGCCACAGGGGCCCCUUGUACAGUAUUUGACCAUGGAGACCUGUGAGGAUGGGGACGACCUAGUCUUCUUCUAUCAGGUUUGUGAAGGUAUUGCCAAUGCCAGCCAUGCCUCCUACACAGCUGCCCAGGCUGGGCUUCCCGAUAAUCUCAUUGCUCGUGGCAAGGAGGUCUCAGACUUGAUCCGCAGUGGGAAACCCAUCAAGCCUGUCAAGGAGUUGCUAAAGGAGAAGCAAAUGGAAAAUUGCCAGACGUUGGUAGAUAAAUUUCUGAAACUGGAUUUGGAAGAUCCCAACUUGGACCUGGACAUUUUCAUGAGUCAGGAAGUUCUGCCUGCUGCCACUGGCAUCCUUUGAGAGUCCUUCCUUGGCUUUCCUCCACUUCCCAAGACCCCAGCGAGCUGCCUUGCCCUGUUUCCUGGUCUCCCUCAGACCCAGAGUUCUCAAUUUU